CAAAGUAGAAUUCUUCGUUCGUCUGCCAGCGUUGACUUGUGCAAAAGCAAACCCUAGCACGAAGGCGGAGUACCUGGACAUUCUUUCGCAUUUACUCCCCAACCCAGACACCAUUGACGCUUUCUCUCCUCUCUCCUUGUAAUAAAGAUUACACCAAUAUAACACUUCCAAACUUUUCAUUUUGUUGCGAUUUUCUUCUUUGAUUCUUUCUGGAUUAGUCUAGCUGAACUGAUUCGGACAAAGGAGAUAAAACAGGCCCGAAGCUCGAAACAGAGUGUCAUUCCCCAUCCCCCCAUCCGGGGGUUCUUUCCUUCCCAAUAAUAAACUCCUGUCCUGUGAUAAGUUUUUCUGUCUAUUUCUUGAUUGAUUAAAGUAGUUCGAGGUUAGAAUAUAAGAGUAUUUGUUCCAUUUUUUUUCCUUCUACUUUUUCGUGUUAUUGGCUCUUCGCUACUUUCUGUUGUAUUCAGUUUUGGGAUUUCAUAUAUUUUUUUUUCUGUGUGGUUUGGCCGAAAGAGUCAGGGUUGUGAUUAUAAUCAGAACUUGUAGGACUUUGAUAUUGGGGGAUACUUUCGUUUUGUUUGUUUUUUUGGUAACUAUCAAUGGGGAAGCCCACCGGUAAGAAGAAGGAUCCUGCAACACAGAAGGCUGCAAAUGCGAGCGGCAAGCCGAGCAAGCCCGCUGAGAGGACUUCCAAAGCUUUCGACGAAGACACAGCAAUCUUCAUCAACAUGUCACAAGAUCUCAAGGAAGAAGGCAAUAGACUCUUUCAGAAGAGGGACCACGAAGGGGCUAUGUUGAAGUAUGAAAAGGCCCUCAAGCUUCUUCCCGGAAACCACAUAGACGUGGCACACUUGCGCACCAAUAUGGCUGCGUGUUAUAUGCAGCUCGGUCUUGGAGAGUACCCGCGAGCAAUUACUGAAUGUAAUUUAGCUCUCGAAGUAUCACCCAGAUAUAGCAAGGCUCUAUUGAGAAGAGCAAAGUGCUAUGAAGCAUUGAAUCGAUUCGAUUAUGCACUUGGAGAUGUUAACUUUGUUUUGAGCGUGGAGCCUAAUAAUCUUAAUGCAUUGGAGAUUCUCGGGAGUUUGAAAAAGACCAUGGAAGAAAAGGGCAUCACUAUUGAUGACAAAGAUUUGGCAAGUUUAGAGCAGCCUACCACUGCUCCUAUGCGUAAAGUGGUACGAGAAAAACUAAAGAAAAAGAAAAGCAAAAAAAGUGAGGGCAAGGCAAAGGAUAAGGUGAUUCUUGAGGAUAAUGCGAAUGCAGUUAAAGAUAAAGAAGUGGUGACAAAGACAAUAGCGAAAAAAGAAGUGGAUCUGGCGCCUGUUAAGGAAGAAAAAGUAGUCGCAAGGACGGUGAAGUUGGUAUUUGGAGAGGAUAUAAGGUGGGCGCAGUUGCCAUUGAAUUGUAGCAUGAGAUUGGUGAGGGAUAUAAUUAAGGAUCGAUUCCCUGGAUUGAAGGGUGUUCUUGUUAAGUAUAGGGAUCAAGAAGGUGAUUUGGUUACUAUCACGACUACCGAUGAAUUAAGAUUAGCUGAAUCUUCAGGUGAUGUCUUGGGUUCUCUUCGACUCUAUAUUGCUGAAGUCAAUCCAGAGGAGGAACCAACUUACGAUGGAAUAACCAAUGGGGAUGAGAUGCUAGGUGAUGGUAUUGAGCAUGGGCCAACAGAAGCAGGCAAGGAUUAGCAAAUAAUGACUAGUGUGGAGGAUUGGAUAAUCCAGUUUGCUAGGAUGUUCAAGAACCAUGUCGGGUUUGACUCUGAUUCAUAUUUGGAUAUGCAUGAGGUUGGAAUGAAGCUAUAUUCAGAAGCCUUGGAGGAUGUGGUAACAAGUGACGAUGCUCAAGAGCUUUUUCAAAUCGCUGCAGAUAAAUUUCAAGAGAUGGCAGCUUUAGCAUUAUUUAAUUGGGGGAAUGUUCACAUGUCCAGGGCAAGGAGACGUGUUUCCAUCUCAGAGGACGGGUCAAAAGAAUCUGCUUAUGAGGGUUUUAAAGCUGCAUAUGAGUGGGCAAGAAAGGAGUACAAGAAAGCAGAGAUGAGAUAUGAAGAAGCCUUGAAAAUCAAACCAGACUUCUAUGAGGGAUUUCUGGCACUUGGGCACCAGCAAUUUGAGCAAGCAAAGCUCUGCUGGUAUUAUGCAACGGCAUGCAAAAUGAAUUUAGAGGAUGGCCCUUCCAGUGAGGUUUUACAACUAUACAACAAGGCAGAGGACAGCAUGGAUAGAGGCAUGCUGAUGUGGGAAGAGAUUGAAGAGCAGCGCUUAAAUGGGCUAUCCAAAUUAGAUAAAUAUAAAGUGCAGUUGGAAAAAAUGGGUUUAGGAGAUCUCCUCAAGGAUAUUUCUGAUGAAGCUGCAGAGCAGGCUGCAAGCGUGAAGUCACAAAUAUAUAUUUUAUGGGGCACUAUAUUGUAUGAGCGUUCUGUUGUGGAAUAUAAGAUAGGCUUGCCAUCAUGGGAGGAAUGUUUGGAGGUUGCAGUUGAGAAGUUUGAACUUGCCGGAGCUUCUCCAACGGACAUAGGGGUCAUGGUAAAGAAUCAUUGUUCCAAUCACACAGCACUAGAAGGCUUGGGGUUCAAAAUUGAUGAAAUAGUACAGGCAUGGAAUGAAAUGUAUGAUGCCCAGAGGUGGCACUUUGGUGUACCAUCAUUUCGUCUCGAACCAAUGUUCCGGCGGCGUGUUCCGAAACUUCUUCACAUCUUGGAGCAUUUUUGAGUUUUCUUCUUGAGCUUGAAAUUCUUUAGAGGCAUAAUUAAUGCUUCUGUUUCUUGAUAUUUGUGAAGGCCUUUCAUCCCAUUUAAAACAGGUUUUUUCUUUUUUUGGUUCUUGUCAAGAGUGCUUUGUGUAGCCCAAUGGUUGGAGCUAUGAUUGUAUUUUGUUCUCGUGUUGGUUGUGUUGUGUACUUGAGGGAAGGCUUGCUGCGAGGUUGCUAUUCCUUAAACAGGUAAACUUGUAGUGUCGGUGCGCAAUGAUUUCAUUUGUCGUUUUGAGAUAGCGGGUGAACGAUUUGCUUUGUCAGUUUGCCGCAUAAUUGGGGUCAAGAUUGUUUGGUAAAUUGUAACUAUCUAUGGGUGGUAUAUGGCAGGAUUGAGAAUACUGUAUGUUUUUUUAGAAGAAUGAGAAUAAAUACUUCUCUUAUUAAGGUUA